AUGGGGAACUGCAUCCGGCACGAGUGUCCGAUGCAAUGGGGCGGCGACGACUGGGAGGACGGGCUGUUCUCGGCGUCGUCGGAGGGGAGCGGCGGCGGGGACGACGCCGCCGCCGCGGCUGCCGCUGCUGCCGGUGCGGACGCGGACGAGACGGAGGAGCUCCUCGAGAAGAGGAGCGGGCGGCGGCACCGGUCGAGCAAUGCGGCGACCCCCGCGGCGGCGGCGGCGGCGGCGGUGGGGAAGGAGGUGAAGAUAAGGAUAACGAAGCGGCAGCUGGAGGAGCUGCUGGGGAAGCCGGACGCGAACGAGGAGAAGCCCGUGGAGCAGCUGGUGUCGCAGCUGAUGGCGAUGAGCUCGAGCGACCGGUUCGAGGCGGGCCAGAGGUCGUGGAGGCCGGCGCUGAAGAGCAUCCCGGAGGUCAAUUAG